GUGGGUUUAUUUGAAGAUUUUUCUUUAUAUAGAGGGCAUUAAUAAAUUUCUGAUCAAAAAAGGACACAGAGAGCUGACAUUAAAAAAUCCAGCUUCAUCACUCGACUUAACUCUAUGCCCAAGAACUAAUGCCAAUUGUUUUCAUAAGCUGCAGUGCAUUGAAAGAUCAUGUAGCAACUGUGGUGUGGAUUUAAUUAACAAGUAUUGAGCCUUUAAAAAAUUGCACAGAUGAAUUAGCAGAGUGGAGUAUAGUAUAUGGUCAAAGAUGACGGAUGAGUAUGUUCAGAGUGAUGGUACACUGCGAAAGGUAACAAAGUGGCGACCAGUAAAUAAAGAAGGAUCUUUCAAUGACCUAGUGAGAGGUAUUACACCUAGCACUAUUGCUUACAGAAAUAGAAGCUGUUUCUGCUUUCCAUGCAGAAAUUCAUAUGGCAGUCAGUGCCUGCAUGAUGAAAUAUGUGGAUCUUGGAAGGUGUUCAAACUUCAGAAACAAAAUGUAGUGCAAUCUCAGUCAAAUCUUGAAGACUCUUUGGAUGUCAGUCCCAUAUGCUCAAAUUCAAAGGCCCAAACAAUUUCCUUCACUCAUCAAAAGUACAUUGUAAAUAGCUGUGUGAUUGUCAAGUAUGGGGAAAUAUUCUAUCCAGGAAUGGUCAGUUUAACUACUCAGAAUUCUCAUUCUGGGGGUUUUUUUGGAUUUUCUGAAGAUCAUUUGCCUAAUUUGUCUACCAACUCAGAUGAUGAUCUUAUAGUGGACCACAUUGAGCUUGUCUCCAGCCCACAUGUUUUAUACAAACCUAUUAGAACAACUUGGGCUAUUGUCUUGAACAUCAUUCUCUAUCUCUGUUUGUGUGCAUCAGCUUUCCUUGUUCCUUACUUCUGCACUAACAGUAAAUGUGCUGAAGAUGACAUCUCUUUGGUUAUGUACAUUCAUGGGGGAAUCUGGUUUCUUCUCUUGGGACUGGACAGAUAUUUACUUGCCAAACACAAUCAGAGCAGACUAAAUGGAUAUUUACAGUUCUAUAGGAAGACUAAAAAUAUUCGUAGACUACCUUUUAUGAUCAAUUCUUGUGCUAAUGCAGUUGUGGUUGUACUGUUCAAUGGACUUGAUCGUCACUUCCAUUUCAAAGAUGAUCCAACAUAUCUACAGAUAUUAGUUGCAGUUGAAAGUGGCAUUGCCUUUAUUUUUCUUAUUAUUUACUUUGUGUACACUGUCAUAUUCAAUCAUAGCAAGGCUCCACCAGAUGUCACUCAAGAAGAAAUCAUGACCAGCUUUGUAAACUCACAAUGUUAUUCAGAACUUGGAUAUAAAAAUGAAAACUACAUAGAUCAAGUCCUAGAGAAACAGGCUGAUAUGAUUCGUUACUUACGUCAACAUUCUGAAACAUUAGCCAAAAGAAAUUUAGUUCUACAAGAGGACUUAAAAAUACUGAGGAACUCUAGAUCAGAAAGAAAGAAGUGAUAGCCUUGGAACUAUAUGGACAACAAAAAUAUUUAAUUUUUAACACAAAUUUCAUCUCCACUAGAACUUCCAUUAAAAACUGUCUUUUUACUUGUACACAUUCAUCAUGAACAGUUAUUUUCAAUCAAGAUGAUAUGAGUCAAGUAACAGUGUUGAUAGAGGGAUUGAAUUGUGAAACCUUUUCAUUUGUUCACCUGUGACAUUUUCUAAUGACUGUAAAUAAUGUUUGACUUGUUUGUUUUAAAUGUAUUUUGUUUCAUCAUGUUUAAUAAAAUAAGUAUUUGUUAAAAAAAUGA